AUGAAGGCGCCUCUUGCCUCGCUGCUCUGGCGCUCGCUUCGGGUGUACCAGGUCUUUGGGGCCAAUACUGAUGUGGGCAAGACCGUCUUCACGACGCUGCUCGGCAGGACGGCCCGGCGCCGGUGGAACGAUGAGCGCGUGACCUUUCUCAAGCCCGUGUCGACGGGGUCGGCGGAUGAAGCCGAUGACAACCACAUUCGGCGUUUCGCAGACGGCGUCGCGCACAAGACACUCUUCCAAUAUGACAUUCCCGUGAGCCCUCACACGGCGGCUCUCGCAUCGGGACAAUCUAUUCCAUCUGAUGAUGCGCUGCUCGCAAAAUGUCGCGAUUUCGCCGCCGGGUGCGCAGCCCAGGGCAAAGGCUGGCUCUUUGUCGAGACCGCCGGCGGCGUCCACUCACCCGGGCCCUCUGGAAACACGCAAGCCGACAUCUACAUCCCUCUUCGCGCCCCGACUGUCCUGAUCGGAGACUCUCGUCUCGGCGGCAUCUCGCAAACCAUUUCAGCGUUCGAAUCACUCCGUCUGCGUGGCUAUGACGUCGAGUCAAUCAUGCUUUUCCAGGACGCCAAGUAUGAAAACUAUCAGUACCUGUCAGAAUACUUCACCAAGCACCAUGGCGUCCCCGUGACGAGCAUGCUCGAGCCGCCCAAGCGGGUUGAGGAUGCUAAGGAGGAUGCAGAAGCCAUGUCGGAGUACUAUGCCCGCAAAGACUGCGAAGCCAUCACCGCCGACGUUCUCCAGCACCUCGACCGCCGCCAUACCCAGCGAAUCGCCUCCAUCGAGUCACUAGCCACGAAGGCGCAUCAGCAUAUUUGGUACCCGUUCACGCAGCAGAGCCUGGUUGGCACCAAGGACAUUAUGACCAUCGACUCUGCGCAUGGUGACUACUUCCAGACGCUGGUGCCCGGAGAAGGCGCCGCAAACAAGCCCGUUCUUCGUUCCUCCUUCGACGGGUCUGCCUCUUGGUGGACGCAAGGCCUCGGCCACUCGAACCCGCAGCUUACUCUCGCUGCGGCCUACGCCGCCGGUCGUUACGGGCACGUCAUGUUCGCCAGCGCCGUGCACCAGCCGGCCAUGGCCCUCGCAGAGUCGCUCCUGGAAGGCAUGCGCAACCCACGCCUGAACCGCGUCUUCUUCUCCGACAACGGCAGCACGGGCACCGAGGUCGCUGUCAAGAUGGGCCUGCGUGCCGCGCGUGUCCGCUAUGGCUGGGGAACCGACCAGAAGCUCGGUGUGCUUGGGCUCAAGGGCGGAUACCACGGUGACACGAUCGGCGCCAUGGACAUGGCCGAACCUUGCGCGUUCAACGAAAAGGUCGAGUGGUACGAGGGCAAGGGCUUCUGGUUCGACUACCCGACGGUCCUCUGCGCCGACGGCAAAUGGUCUGUCACGGUCAACGACGCGCUGUCCAGAGACAUUGGGCAGGGCCAAUCGUACGCCUCCCUGAGCGACAUCUUCGACGUGGAGGGCAGGGAGAAGCGUGGCGAGCAUCACCAAUAUGAAGAAUACAUCACCAAAACGUUGGCAGCUCUACAAGAACGGGGACAGAAGUUUGGAUCCCUCAUCAUCGAGCCCAUCGUCCUCGGUGCGGGCGGCAUGGAGCUUGUUGAUCCACUCUUCCAACGUACCCUCGUCAACGUCGUCCGCCGCUCUUCGCACCUCUUCCGCACAUCGAACGAUGCCGCGCCAAAGGACGGCAAGGACUGGAGUGGACUGCCCAUCAUAUUUGACGAGGUCUUCACCGGGUUGUAUCGACUCGGUCGCUUCACACCAUCGUCAUUCCUCGGAGUCCAUCCUGAUAUUUCGGUUCAUGCGAAGCUGCUGACUGGUGGCCUCGUGCCGCUCUGCACGACGUUAGCAUCGGAGCACAUCUUUGACGUGUUUAGCAGCACCGACAAGACCGACGCGCUGCUUCAUGGGCACAGCUACACCGCCCACCCCAUAGGCUGCCAGGUUGCCCUGGAGUCCGUAAAGGAGAUGCAGGCGAUGGAGCAGCGUGGGGACUGGGCUUGGGCCAAGAACCAGGGAUGGACGAGUUCUAGCGACUCCCACUCAGAGAGCAGUCCCGGUGAUCGAGUAUGGUCUUCGUGGCCGCGCCACUUUAUCGAAGAGCUUUCGCGCAAUACGGAGCGAGUGUCGGGCGUUUGGGCGUUGGGCAGCGUGUUGGCGAUACACCUUCGCGACGCCGCCGGCACAGGGUACAGCAGCAAUGCGGCGCAAGGCUUGCGUGAAGUCCUCGCCAAGGGCAAGGACUCGAGCGAGGGUGGGCCAUGGAACGUGCACUCGAGAGUCCUCGGCAACGUCUUGUAUGUGAUGACGAGCCAAACGACAUCCGAAACGAGUGUGCGCCAGAUUGCGGACCUGCUGAAGCAGAGCCUAGCCUAG